UAAUGUUGUGUACAGCACACACACAACAUAACAUAAAUCAUAGUAAAUGUUUUUUUUUUUUUUUGUGCCAUUAGAUUACAGAGAAAAGAAAAAAAGAGUGGUAGUACUAGUAGGUGGUAGGAGGUGUAGUUAAUAGCAAUAGCAAUUGCAAUACUUGCUUGCCACUGUCACACACACUGCUCCUUCUCAUCCUUCUCGUGAUUACCAUUUCAACCUUUUCUGUUUUCUCUUUCCUCACUCACUCACUCACCUUUUGCUUUUCCUUCUCUCUCUGUCUCUUUCAACUUCAAACUUCAAACCCUAGCCAUAGUCUUUUGAAUCUUCCAUGCUCCUCUUCUCUGAGUUACUUUGCAUAUGUUACGGUUUUGGGGUCUUUCAAUUUUCCUUCACACUGGGCUUUUGGGGUGGUUUCAGGUUUCAAUGUUAUAAGCAAUAAAGGGAUUCAAGGCAACCAACCAAAUCUGUUGAGAACUAUGACUGAAGAGAAAUCUGGAGGAUUCCCUUUGCGGUUGUUUACUUCUGUGCAUUUCUCUUUGUGACUCACUUUUAGAAUUGGUCUAAAAUUGCAUUGCCCUUUCGUUUGUCAAUUUAUUAAAUAUGGAUAGCUCUGGUAAUACAUGUGAGAUAAUGGAAUCAAGGGAAGAGAUAAUUUCUGAGUUCAAAAUGGAUGAAAAACCUGAGAGUAGUUGUGCCCACAAAUCAGGAAAAAGGUAUUCAAUUGAAGAUGACAUUAAUCGGCUUUUCCAGGCAAUUGACAUUAAAAGUUCAUCUAGAGGUGUUAGUUCAUCACGUUUACAAAAGAGUGCUCUCAAAAGGCCAAUAAAAGUCAGUUCAUCUCAGGCAUCGGGAAUUGGCAUCUCAGAGCCUGUAAGUUUAAAGCAGGCUCUAAGAGGGUUGUGCAUCUCUCAGGCCUCAGAAAUGGCUGCUUUGAAGAGACUGUCUAAGCCAUGCAGUUCAUCUAGAGUAUCAGAGGCAGGCACCAUCAAAAGGUUGUACACAGCAGUGGUAGAUGAGGGGAAAGGGAACUUGGUUGAAAUUUCUCUGGUGCCAGAGAUAUCUGCACCUUCUGAUAAAUUGCCCAGUGUAACAAUAUCAAGUUCAAGCAAUAAUCAUUCUAGUCCUUUGGUUGAUGCCGCAAAACCAAAAGAAAUGAUAACUGGGUUUUCAUCCCCAGAUCAGAUUGUCCCUCUACCAUUAGAGGUUGUGGGUGAGAAACCAAUCAUGGGGAUUGGAAAUCCAAUUCUUGCAAAUUUGUCACCAGUUGCCUCUGCAAGUGAAGAAGUGACAGAGGUCAGAAUGGAUCCUGCUUCCUCAAGCAAAGCUUCUCUUGGUUCUUCACUACCAGAUAAAGGGCAGGAAGCAAAUAUACCUUCUGCAUCUUGUCAACCUAGCUCUAGCACUGGUAAUGUAGUGGAUAAAUCCACAAGUGGUAAUACAUGUUUGUCAAAACCAAGAUUCAAUAACUUGAACUUCCUUAAGAAAAGAGUAAAGCAAGAUUUAAGUUCUGCCUCAAGCUGCUCCACUCCAUGUAUAAGAAAUGAUCUGGGUUCUAGUACAAGUAAUUUGGACAAGGAAGUAGGCAAUUCUGAUUCAAAGCAUGAAGCGAAAGAAAAUGAGAAACUGUCUCCUAACAGUUCAAAUCAUAGCAUUGAAGUUAACUCAAUUAAUGUUGUUACAGAGUCAAGCAAAUCUGGUUUCAGCUUGAAUUGCAAUAAGAGAGCCAAGUUUCUGGUGACAAAAGUUGAUGAGAAAUCAAGAUCAAAGGAAAAGGGUGAGUUCUCUCAAAGCUCAAAAAGCAGCAUUGGUGAGUAUAGUAGUAGCACAAGCAUCAGUGAGGAAAGCAGUCUAAGUGGUUCCAGUCGCGGUGGCCACAGACCUCACAUGUCGAAACACUUGAGAUGGGAAGCUGUUCGUGCUGUUCAGCAGCAACAUGGUAGUUUAAAUUUGAAGCAUUUUAAGCUGAUAAGGAGGCUUGGUAGUGGGGACAUUGGAACUGUUUAUCUUGCAGAACUAAUCGGUACAGGCUGCCUUUUUGCACUCAAAGUGAUGGACAAUGAAUUUUUGGCAAGUAGGAAGAAAAUGUUCAGGGCCCAAACUGAAAGAGAGAUCCUUCAGAUGCUGGAUCAUCCAUUUCUUCCUACGCUGUAUUCCCAUAUUGCAACCGAUAAGCUCUCUUGCUUAGUUAUGGAGUAUUGUCCAGGUGGAGAUCUGCAUGUGCUGCGACAGAGGCAACCAUACAAGAGUUUCUCGGAACAAGCAACUAGGUUUUAUGUUGCUGAGGUUCUUCUUGCCCUGGAGUAUUUGCACAUGCUGGGAGUUGUAUAUCGAGAUCUAAAGCCAGAAAAUAUACUAGUACGAGAGGAUGGUCACAUUAUGCUGACAGACUUUGACUUGUCACUCAGGUGUUCUGUCAAUCCAAUGUUAGUCAAGUCAUCUUCGCCUCACACAGAUGCCACAAAAAAGUCAUCCAGUCCCUGUUCUGAGGCUAGCUGCAUACACCCUUUCUGUCUCCAACCAGAUUGGCAAGUUUCCUGCUUUACUCCCAUCCUAUUAUCUGCUGGAGCAAAAUCUCGAAAGAUGAAGGCUGACAUAGCUGCUCAGGUUGGUCCACUGCCACAGCUUGUAGUGGAGCCUACCAGUGCACGGUCUAACUCCUUUGUUGGAACCUAUGAAUAUCUUGCUCCAGAGAUUAUUAAAGGUGAGGGUCAUGGGAGUGCUGUAGAUUGGUGGACUUUUGGUAUAUUUUUGUUUGAGCUUUUAUAUGGUAAGACUCCCUUCAAGGGCCAAUCAAAUGAGGAUACAUUAGCCAAUGUUGUGUCACAAAGCCUCAAGUUCCCGGGUACUCCAAUAGUCAGUUUUCAUGCGAGAGAUUUGAUCAGAGGUUUGUUGUUAAAGGAUCCGGAAAAUCGAUUAGGUUCUGUAAAAGGUGCUGCUGAAAUAAAGCAGCACCCCUUCUUUGAAGGCCUCAACUGGGCACUAAUACGGUGUGCUGCACCUCCAGAGCUCCCCAAGUUUCGGGAUUUUGGAAGUAGUGCUCCAUUUAUGGCUGCACAGAAGGAGAAUGCAAAUGAUUUAGAGUAUAUAGAAGAUUGUG